UGAGCUUUGCGGACUGCGGCGAGCAGCGGCAUGCUGCGUACCUCUCGGAUGACACACGCUUCAAGACCACUCCCAACUACACACUGAUCAUCCAGGCUGCGGACCAGGAGGGCAACGGCCUGACCAACACCGCCACUGCCAUCGUGGAAGUCACUGAUGCCAACGACAACUCCCCCAUCUUUGACCCCAGAAUGUACGAGGGGUCGGUGAAGGAGAAUGAGGUGGGGGUGGUGGUGGCCCGGCUGCACGUGACAGACCAGGACAUGCAGGGGUCCCCUGCCUGGCAAGCUGUCUACCGCAUCAAGAGCGGAGACCAGGACGGUGACUUCAGCAUCACUACCGACCCCAAAACCAACGAUGGCAUCCUGAAAACCGCCAAGGGCCUGGAUUAUGAGACCAGGAGCCAGUACGACCUCAGGGUGACAGUGGAGAACGCCGUCCCCUUCACCGUGUCCCUGCCGCUCUCCACGGCCAGCGUCCUGAUAACGGUCAAAGACGUGAACGAAGCCCCCGUCUUUGUGCCCCCGGUCAAGAGGGUGGAGGUGAUGGAGGAGCUGCCGGUAGGGCACCAGGUCACCUCCUACACUGCCCAGGACCCGGACAAGGAUCAGAUGCAGAAAAUCACGUACCGCAUGGGCAGCGACCCCGCAGGGUGGCUGGCCAUCAACCCCGAGACCGGCAUCAUCACAGCGGCCCAGCCGCUGGACCGGGCGGCCAUGCAUGGCAUCAACAACCUGCUGAUGCUGAAGCUGGUGAAGGAGCUGGAGCCAGGGGAGUACAGCAUCUUCCUGAAGCUGACGGACGGGCAGGGCAAGGCGCAGGUGACAACGGUCAAAGCCCAGGUGUGCGACUGCGAAGGGCCAGCCAAAAACUGCAAGCAGCGAGCGUUCAUCGCCGGCGGCCUGGGCGUCCCUGCCAUCCUGGGCAUCCUGGGGGGCAUCCUGGCGCUGCUGAGGGCCCUGCCCGGCGAGGAAACACAAGAGAGUAACGUGCCCCAGGGGGCCUGCGGGCUUGCAGACGCGUAG